AUGUCUCCAACUCCCGGUAGGGAGCUGAAUAGCAUCAGAGGACGAGCCUUUGCAGCCUCCAAGGAGGAGCUUGGGGCCCUUCCCUACAUGACCAUCAGAUUAGUCACCCGAAAAUACAUGACGGUUGAGAUUUCAUGGGAAGGAGGCGGUGGUUGGGGCCUAAAAUGUGAGCUCAACAUGAGAAAAGGUGUUUAUCUCCCCAGAGUGAAUGAACUGUAUGUUGACGAUCCAGAUAAGGACAGUGGAGGCAAAAUAGAUGUCAGUUUGAACAUCAGUUUGCCAAAUUUACACUGUGAAUUGGUAGGACUGGACAUCCAGGAUGAGAUGGGAAGACAUGAAGUCGGGCAUAUUGACAAUUCGAUGAAAAUCCCUCUGAAUAAUGGUGAAGGCUGCCGGUUCGAGGGCCAGUUCAGCAUCAACAAGGUCCCUGGCAACUUCCAUGUAUCAACACACAGUGCCACUGCACAGCCCCAGAAUCCAGACAUGACUCAUGUCAUCCACAAGCUGUCCUUUGGAGACACGCUGCAGGUUCAGAACAUUCACGGAGCAUUCAACGCUCUAGGAGGAGCUGACAAACUCACUUCUAACCCCCUUGCAUCCCAUGAUUACAUCUUGAAGAUCGUCCCCACAGUGUAUGAAGAUAAGAGUGGAAAGCAGCGGUACUCAUACCAAUAUACGGUCGCCAAUAAGGUAAGCAGCAGUCUGGGGACCAACAGGUUGAGCACUCAGAAACCCCUCAGUGAAAGUCAUUUGAAAUUUCUAUUAAACAAUUCCAAAGAACUCAUGCUGAAAAAAUGCUCUCCGCCACCAGAGAGAAAACUGAUGAACUCUCUGUGCGAACUCAAGGAGCAUGUUCUCACUUGCUUUUUCUUCAAAUAUGGCUAA